ACCAAUCGUCGCUACCAUCGCCGCUACAGCUAUGCCCAUUGCAGAGCUUUUGGGAGUUACAUUCGACAUGCAGCUGUUGUUGAAACUGAGUAUCUCUGUGGCUGCAGUUUUGCUAGUUUCUUGGGCCUACAGGUUCUACAGCUCCAGGGAUGCAAAGAAAAUUCAGCUCCAUGUCAAAAACAACAAAGAGCCACAAAAUGCAACCUGCCAAAACUGCAAGACAACACUGCGAUGUCGAAGCUCACCACAACAUGACACCGAUGAUGGGGGCAAGCGACCCGGAUCCUCGCACACAGACUCAGCCACUGAUGACCUGACAUCUGACAGCACCAAGGAAAAACCAGCAGAAACCCUUCCACUCCAAGCUGAAAAGAGGGAGGAUGCAUUUAGCAUGUCAUGUAGUGAUCAAGAUAUCAGCACGAAGGGAGAGAUACUCACUAAUCAGAAGCAGGCAGAGGUUGCCACCAGUAAUAUUUCAUUUGGGUCUGCUUUGAACCUUCCUGAUCCAACAGAGAGUGGGAUGGCCAGUACAACGGGGCGCCGCUCCCCUUGCUUCUUACUGAAGCUGGAGGGCAGUGUGGGUGUGGGCAGGGAGUUAAGGCAGGACUUGGAGCACCAGGGAGCCUACUCCAGCUUCCUCUCCAAGGCAGAGAUCAAAGUAGAGGAUGCUAACGUGGUGCUGGAAGGAACAGGAGACCAGAUUGUGCGCGGAAAAAUAUACGAUUACUAUGUUGAGUCUUCCUCUCACUCUGUCACAGACUCAAACACUGUGCUGGGUCAGUACGAGAGGAACUCUGAGUCACAGCCAGUGGACUUUGGAAGCCGUGGCAGCAGCCUAACAGAAUCUCCUUCCUCUCUGAGCCCCAUCAUUAUGCGUGAUCUGGUUUUACCACAAAGCUCUGUUGAAGAUCCCCCAUCGCUAGGAGGCCUCAAGCUGAGGCACCCCGCAAAGCCUGUACUCCUACGCGCUGAGAGCUAUCUGUCUUCAGCAGAGCAAUAUGAGCUUCCCAUCCCCUCUGUAACUUCAACAACCUCAGGUCCAGUGAUUCACUCUCUGGCCCCAGCUAGAAAUGAAUCCAUCUCUAUGAUCAGUCCCUCUGCAGAAAGCGAAGGCCUUAAAGUGAGGGAAGGGGUUGAUCUAGAGACUGUAGCAGGGGUUCCAUUUUUACACCUUCCAGCAAAAACUCUUGACGGCACAGAUUUGGACAGCUUGAAGAGUAAGCUUGAUCUGGGUAAUUGUUUGGAGACGCUUUACCUGGCCAAGAAACAUGGCCAGACCUCUGUGCAGAAAGCAGCCCUUGGGGUCAUGUCAGACAACUACCUCCAGGUGCUCAGGGACCCCAACCUUUAUGGGCGGCUAAUGGCUGGUGAGCGGGAACACAUCCAGAAGCGGAGGACAGGGGGGAGGAGGUUCAUCAUGGUGGCAGAUAUGGACCCUAAAGACUGGGCAAGGAACACGGAAGGGCAGAAAGCUGAGACGGAGCAGAGGAGGACAUCCAGUGCAGUGUACUAUUAUGAUGACUACAAAGACUCCUGGCAUACACUCUGCCUGAUCCCACAGGAGGUCAUCUCCAAAGCCUGUGCCAUGUGCACAAUGGAUAACUACUUAUUUGUGGCAGUGGGCUGCCAAGGCACAGACAGAGAAAUGACACCCUCAAAGCGAGUGUUUUGCUACAAUCCUUUGACAUCCAUUUGGAAGGAGAUCAGUCCUAUGAAUGUGGCCAGACCCCGCUGCAAACUGGCAGCACUGGAGGGCUACAUCUACGCCAUCGGAGGGGAGUGCCUCUCCUCAGUGGAGCGUUACGACCCACGAUUGGACAGAUGGACAUUUGUGGCUCCGCUGCCCAAUGAUACAUUUGCUGUGGCACAUCACGUCUCGGUGUGCAACGGAGAGCUUUUUGUUUCUGGGGGAACUCUUAGAUAUAUGCUACUGCGCUACAGCCCCAAAACCAACACCUGGAGGCCAAGUCUAUUAGUAGGCAGCAAAGACAGAACUGCAGAUAUGGUGGCUGUGGGCAGAUUUCUGUAUCGGUUUGAUAUUAACCCACUGCUGGGUGUCAGUGUGUACCGCUACCAUACCGUGGCUCGAUUGUGGUAUGAGUGCAGCUCAAAACGGCUUCUUCGCUGCCCUGCCUUUCAGUGUGUCACGAUGGAUGACACAAUUUAUUGUGUCAGCCGCCAGUUCACCAUGAGGUUCGAGGCUGAUGAGAUCUCUCCUGCUUUCAAAGAUGAGGAUUUGAGUGUCCUCUCUUCUGCAAAAGGCAUACUUUUCCCCUUCGUCCUUUCACUCCCUGAUAAGAAGCCUCGGCAGACCAGUGUGUAACGAGGAUUCAGUUUUCCCCGCUGAUGAUAAGAUUAGGUGGUGAUGGAGUAUCCCUACAGAAGUAUGCUUUACAUCAAGUUUCUUAUUGGCUGUGUGGCUUUUGCCCCAAAUGUUAUUGUGAAUUUGUAACCACUGUGUUGUCAUUUCUUUGAGGUGUUAUUAAGUUUAUCGUUUCUCAAAGCUUCUGUUUCUUAAACAAAUUCAUUUACUUGGAUUGGGUAUUGC